AAAAACAGCAGCAGAGUAGAUUGCAAAGUGAUUGGGUCAAACUGUCAAGCAACUCCACUGCUUUAAAAAACAAAUCCUUUCUUUAUAAAAUUGUCUGUUUUCUUCAGUUCAUCUUUCCAAACUAAAACCUCUUUCGUCUGUGCGAAGGGUUGCCAUUGCCAUUCCUUCAGCUUUAUUUCAUAGGGUACCUCGAACUGGGGGAAGCUUUGUUAGCUGAUUUUGAUGGUUUGAAGAUAGGAAUGAGGGACAUCUUUAUUUACUUUGAAAUACUUAGCUGAUUUUGUUAUUGCUUGCCUCCUUGACUGAGAAAUUUACGCAGAUUAUGUUUGUCCAAAUUGCAUUUCUUUAGAUGUUUGAGAACUGAUUUUGGACUCCAUUGUGUGCUGCUAAAACCAACUACUUGUUUAAGUCGAAACAAGUUGGAGAGAGAAAUAGAUAGUUUGUUUCUUAUUUUGGUGGGAAGCUCAUAAGGUUUUAUUCAAGAGAAGGAUUUUUGUAGAUUAGUUUUUGGUAUCAUUUAAAUGAGUUCAAUGCACAGUACUGUCCAUUACUGCUGUGUUGCAAGGGGUAAUCGCACCUUGUAUGUGUAUAGUAGGGGAGACCAUGAGAUUGAGAAUUCGGCAGCAUUGUGCUUGGAAAGCACUCCCUCUUACCACAAGUGGUAUUUUGAGACGAUUGCUGAAAAAACCUUUGGGUUUUUGAUAGAAGAUGGUUCUGUUUAUUUUACAAUUGUUGAUGAGGGUCUUGGACACCCGAGUGUACUUCAAUUUCUAGAGCAUGUAAGAGAUGAAUUCAAAAAGGUUGCUAGAAAAGGUUCUAGAGGAGGUUUUUCUGGUAUGAACUCGAUCAAUGUACAAGAACAAUUAGUGCCUGUUAUUUGUAGCUUGAUAACUUCAUUGGAGCAUGUUGUUUGCAAUGAUGGGGCCGGUGAGAGUUCCUCAUCUGAUAAUGUAGGCCUCUCUCCAUCACCUCUUAAUGCAAAUGAACAAAUUGAAGUUGUCAAUUCUACCAAAGCUCCUUUGUUAGGUAAAUCAAAUAAGCAAGAUAAAAGGAAGUCAAAGGAUCAUGUUAUUACAAUAAGAGAUAUUGAGUUAGAAGAGCAUAGAAAUUCUACUGAUAGAGGGGCUAAGCUUGAUUCAGCUACUUUGGAUUCCAAUAAUCAAGGUGGAGUAGGUUCUUCAAUAUCGCUACAAAAGGAUUUGGGUUCAAUGAGGAUUAGAUCAAGCUCUCAAAGCAUUCGAAAGAAGUGGUGGCGCCAAGUAAGGAUUGUUCUAGCUAUUGAUGUGGCUAUAUGUUUGAUUCUAUUUUUAACUUGGCUAUCAAUUUGUGGUGGUUUCGGAUGUACUCAUUGAACUUAAAUUUGAAAAAGAAAAUCACUUUAUGUUAGAAGUACAUGGACCAGUUUCUUUAGAGGGGUUCAAGUGGAUGAAAGCAACACAUCAGAUAUUGUCAGCUAUUUUUAAAUAGUGGAGGUAUGUGCUGGAAAUUAUACCAUGGCAUCACAUAAGUUAUCAAAUCCUUUGUACAGUAUCAUAUCUUCAGUGUAUAUGCACAUGCUUUUGUCAGUUGUCUACUAUUGCUUGUGUUUUUUGUUUUUGUCUAUGCAUUAUGGAUUAUGAGCUGUUAUGUAAUCUAAAAAUCUGUAUUCCAUCCUUGCAGUAUUAUACACUUUUUUGUAUAAAACUUUUAGUUGAAUCAUCGAAUGCAAAUGAAUUUCUCUUUCACAUA